AGCGAUAGCGAUGCCGCCUCCGUUACCCACAAUACACCGUUCUCAAACAGAUGGAUUCCAAGAUGGCGGCGGACAGCGAUCCGGAGUCGGAAGUGUUUGAAAUCACGGAUUUUACCACUGCGUCUGAGUGGGAGAGAUUUGUGUCAAAAAUUGAAGAAGUGCUGAAUGAUUGGAAACUGAUUGGAAGCACUGCAAGCAAACCGUUGGAAAAGGGUGAAUUAACCUCUGGAGUGUGGGAGGAGAAAUCUGAUGAGAUAUCUUUUGCAGAUUAUAAAUUCAGCAUAACACAUCAUUACCUCAAACAAGAAUCUUCAUCUGAUAAAGACAUAAAGGAAGUGUCUGAGGAAGAUGUUCUUCCUGAAGCAAUGCAGGAUAUGCUAUCCAUGAGCAAUGAUUUUCCACCCAGAGCUCACUGCCUCGUCAGAUGGUAUGGUCUACGGGAGUUCGUGAUAAUUACUCCAGCAGCUAAUAGCAAUGCAGUCAUCAGUGAAUCGAAGUGCAACAUUCUGCUCAGCUCCAUCUCCGUUGCAUUGGGCAACACUGGAUGUCAGGUGGCUUUAUUUGUGCAAAUUCAACAAAAGUCAAGAAGAAUGUACAUUGGUGCAUGCGAAGGGCCUGGUGUUCGUACGGAUUUUGAAAUGGUUCAUCUUCGGAAAGUGCCAAAUCAGUACAAUCAUCUGUCUGGUCUUCUGGAUAUUUUUAAAUCCAAGAUUGGAUGCCCUUUGACACCUUUGCCCCCAAUAAGUGUAGCUAUUCGGUUUACAUAUAUCCUUCAAGACUGGCAACAGUAUUCUUGGCCACAGCAGCCACCAGAUUUUGAUGCAUUGGUUGGAGGAGAAGUGGGUGGUCUAGAAUUUGGAAAGUUACCAUUUGGAGCAUGUGAAGACCCUAUUAGUGAAUUACACUUAGCCACCACCUGGCCUCAUCUUACAGAAGGCAUUAUUGUUGAUAAUGAUGUAUACUCGGACCUUGAUGCUCUGCAAGCACCGCUGUGGUCCGUCAGGGUGAGGAAGGCUGAUAACCCCCAGUGUUUGUUAGGAGAUUUUCUCACUGAGUUCUUUAAACUGUGUCUUCGGAAAGAGUCGAUUGAUGAGAUUCUUGGAAGGACAACAUUUGAGGAUGAAAGUAAAGAUCAUGCAGAUAUUAGCCAAGCUUUGCAGAAGCUCACAGAGCCAACAUCUGUUCACAUGCCUCGACUAUCUACCAUGUCAAAUAUGGUCCACAGUGCUCGCAAGAGGAUGCAUAAACACAGACGAAUAGAAGAGUCACCAAUUAGUAAUGAAGUUCUAAACUCCAUUUUAUUAUUUCUGUUUCCUGAUGCUGCUGAGAAGACUGGAGAUUUAUCUAAUGCUAAAUGUAGCAGCUCAGGAGGAAGUAAUAUUGCUGCAUCUGAAGAAGAGUGGAACCUUUACAAUCAAUUUAAAUCCGCUCCUUCAGACAGCCUGACAUACAAGUUGACUUUGUGUCUCUGUAUGGUUAACUUUUAUCAUGGUGGAAUGAGGGGUGUGGCCCAUUUAUGGCAAGAAUUUGUGUUGGAAAUGCGGUACAGAUUGGAAAAUAAUUAUAUUGUGCCAGGAUUAUCUGCCGGACCUCCAGACUUAAGAUGUUGUUUGUUACAUCAAAAACUGCAGAUGCUGAAUUGUUGCAUUGAAAGGAAAAAAGCAAGAGAUGGUGGAAGGAAACAGAUAUCAGAAAAUGUAAUAGCAGAGAGAAAAUUGUCGAAUAAUGCUGGCAAAGGGACAACAGAGUGCACAGAUAACAAAGAGUUUGAGAAGGAAAACAAAGGAGAAUCUUCCCAGCAGAGAUCAUGGGACUCGUGGAGUGACAGUGAAGAUGAGUUUUUUGAGUGUCUGAGUGACACAGAAGAGUUGAAGGAAAAUAGACAGGAGAGUGAGACAAAAGAAGGAACGACAAAAGGUGACAAAGAUGAAGGAGGAAAGAAAGACAUCCAAAAGUGCAAACCAGAAGGACGUCUGCAUCAGCACGGCAAACUGACUCUUCUACACACGGGUGGUCCACUUUAUAUUCCACUUACACAAGAGCCAGCACCAAUGACAGAAGAUUUAUUAGAAGAGCAGUCAGAGGUAUUAGCUAAAUUGGGAACUUCAGCUGAAGGAGCACAUUUACGUGCUCGAAUGCAGAGUGCUUGUUUGCUGUCAGAUAUGGAGUCCUUCAAGGCUGCAAACCCAGGCUGUUGUUUGGAAGAUUUUGUGAGAUGGUACUCUCCACGUGAUUAUAUUGAAGAAGAAUUCACGGAUGAAGUAGGUGACAAGGUUCUAAGGGGCGAAUUGAGUGCCAGAAUGAAAAUCCCUGGUAACAUGUGGGUGGAAGUGUGGGAAACUGCAAAGCCAAUUCCUGCUCGAAGACAAAGACGGCUUUUUGAUGACACAAGGGAAGCUGAAAAGGUUCUUCACUAUUUAGUUGGCUUGAAACCUGCAGAUUUGACUGGGCAUUUACUGCCUUGUAUUUUGCAUGCAGCACUGCUGAAGGUCAAAGAAGAAGAAUCUGUAGAAGAUAUCCCAUCUGUAAGAAAAAUAAUCCAGCAGAUCAUUUCUCAUGCAAGCAAACUAUUAAGAUAUUCAAAUCCAGAUAUCAAAAAAUUGGAAGAACUAAUUAGUCAGAUAACAGCUUCAGAAACUAUUAUUGCAAGAUCUCGAUCAUUCAAAGCCAAAUUUGGAAUUCAGAAAUGUGAAAGGGAUGAUGAACGUGAAGAAUUGGAAAGGUUUGUGAGCUGUCUUUUAGAACAGCCAGAAGUCCCAGUUAUUGGAGCAGGACGAGGCCCUACAGGAAGCAUUAUUUACAAACUAUUUGUUAAUGCACAGAGGCUAUCUGAAUCUACUGAAGAGGCCACUACUCUGACUCCGAUUGAGGAUGAACCUGUGAAGCCAGGCACUUCUGACGAAUAUAAAUCAAGUUCAGCAGCAUCAGAAUUUCCCCUGCCAACUGGACGUGAAAUAAUUCUCCGGACAACUGUACCUCGCCCUGCACCGUACUCCAAGUCGUUACCACAACGCAUGUACAGUGUGUUGUUAAAAGAUGAAUUCCGUCUAGCUGGUGCAUUUUCAUCGGAUACAUCAUUCUUCUAAUACAGUUCUAAUAUUCAUUAAAAUAUAAUUCACAAAUACUUUGGUGUCAUUCCUACAUUUCAGACUUUAGCAAAUUAGUAUGUUUUAGCUGAAAUUGUUAAAUAUCUCAAAAGUUAAUCCAAUGCUACAGAAUGCUUAUAAAAAAUUAUGCAUGCAAAUAACAGUGAUUCUGGUAAGAAAUGUAAUGAUUGAUUAAAAAUUGGCUAAAGCAGAAAUGGACACAGUAUUUAAAAACAAAAUUAACAAUAUAGCUUUUACCGAUAAAAUUAAUCAAAUGUAAAGUGUGACAACAUAUAAAGUGGAACUGUGCAUAGGAUACUUCUGUCAGUUAUUACUUCAGCUAAUCUGCUGAAUGCAGGAGAAUAUUUUAUAACUUAUUACAGCCCUGGAAUGAGUUUGGAAUGGUCACAAAAUAUCCUGCCUGUGCCAUGUGCUCAGCAUUAUAAAACGUUUUCUGACAUGGGUGCUUUUGGAAGAUUUUAUUGCAUCAAUAAAUCUUACAAAUCACACUAAUUUGGUUGAAAAGAAGAUUG